CAGAAUUCAGAAAACGCCUUCCCUGUAAUGGGCGUUUGAUGCACAGGAAAAAAGACACUGUGCAACUAGGAAAGAGUUGCGGGAGUGGACGCUUUUUCCUCCCACGUUAUCAAACAAGGAGAAAACGUUAGUCGGAUUCGGAGAAAAUUCUCCUAGAAAAAAAUUCGGACCCCUCCCUUUUGUGGGUAUUUUUUUUGUUGUUCGGUUAGGGCUUCGUUCAAGGGUCCGCGCACUUCAUCGUUCAUCUCGCUUCCCUUCUUCCUCUUGGUACUAUUUUUCCUCUCAACAGCGGCUUGCUGUGGCCUGUGGGGAUUUUCUCACCAGCGCAGCGUCUCAGCAGCGGCGAAAGAUGGGUGAGGAUGAGAAGAAAGGUGCUGUAAUAAUUCCAGAGUCUGUUUUGAAGAAAAGAAAGAGACUUGAGGAAUGGAACUUAGCAAAGAAGCAAGAGAUCGAAGCAAAGAGGAAAAAGAACAGUGAAAACCGUAAGCUGAUUUUCAAAAGGGCUCAAGCAUAUGCAAAAGAGUAUGAGGAGAACGAUAAGGAACUCGUUAGGUUGAAGAGAGAGGCAAAACUGAAAGGUGGAUUUUAUGUCAAUCCAGAAGCAAAACUGCUGUUCAUCAUCCGUAUUCGAGGUAUCAAUGCUAUGCAUCCCAAGACAAGAAAGAUUUUGCAGUUGUUGCGCUUGAGACAGAUAUUCAAUGGCGUUUUCCUGAAGGUAAACAAGGCCACGAUGAAUAUGUUGCACAAGGUUGAGCCUUAUGUUACAUACGGUUACCCUAAUUUGAAGAGUGUAAAAGAGCUUAUUUACAAGAGAGGUUAUGGCAAAUCGAAUAAUCAGCGGAUCCCAUUGACAGACAAUUCCAUUGUGGAAGAGGCUCUAGGCAAGUAUGGCAUUAUCUGUGUUGAAGAUUUGAUUCACGAGAUAAUGACUGUGGGACCUCAUUUUAAAGAAGCCAACAACUUUUUGUGGCCAUUUAAACUUAGUGCCCCAUCUGGUGGCCUCAAAAAGAAGAGAAACCACUACGUGGAGGGAGGUGAUGCUGGGAACCGCGAAGACAAGAUCAAUGAGCUGAUUAGGAGAAUGAACUAGAUGUUUUGAGUUUUUCUGAAUGAGCAGAUGAGCUCCUCUUUCCAAAAGCUAGUUUUGCAGUUUGAUAGUAAAGCCCAGUGGGAAACUUUUUUUAUUGAUCAUUGAGAUUCUUUACUUGAACA